AUGGCUAACAGUUUCCAAUUAAUCUUCCUAACCCUUCUCAUUUCAACCACUUCCAUGUUGGUUGACACAAGGCCCUUCACCCCUAUAGGUGCUCCAUCACCAACUCUACUCGAGGAAUUAGCCACCGGUGAAGAUAUUGAUUCAACUGGGUGUUGGGAGUCAUUGUUCGAGCUUCAAUCAUGCAGUGGAGAAAUCAUACUGUUCUUCCUGAAUGGAGAGACUUAUCUUGGAAUGGGUUGUUGCAAGGCGAUUGAGAAGAUUGAAAAGAAAUGUUGGCCUUCUUCGCUUGGAUCACUUGGGUUUACCAAUGAAGAAGGUGAUAUCUUGCGUGGGUAUUGUGAUACUUCCGAUGAUAAUGAUGAUGUUCCGACCACCACACCUCCACCGCAUUCGGCCAAUAUCACCAACAGUACCUCUACAGAGUGCAAUAAUGGCGGAUUUUGA